AUGGCUGCACCCAAGGUGAUCGUACUGGGCAGCCUCAAUGGCUCGCUGCAGCCUGCCUUUUCCAAGGUCGCGACGCUCCACGCGAAGAAUAACUUCAGCUUCGCAAUCGUAACCGGCAACCUCUUCGGCGCAGAGGACGACGCCACCGUCGAGUCUCUUCUCAAUGGCGAAAUCAAGGUGCCCUUGCCUACUUACUUCACCAUUGGAGCCGCGCCCCUUCCUCCGCGAAUCGUCGCCAAGAUCGAGGCCGACGAGGAAAUCUGCGAGAACCUCCACUUCCUCGGCAAGCGCAGGAUCACAAAGACCUCAGAGGGUGUCAGAAUCGUUGCUCUGGGUGGAAAGCUCGAUAAGGAAGUCGUUGGUGGGCAGUCGAAGGAACAGCACCUGCCCUUCCACACUGCCGACGAUGCGAAGUCACUGAAAGGAGCGAACAAGGCGGAUAUUCUGCUGACGGCAGUUUGGCCUGCUGGUGUCUGGACGAACUCCAAGACCGCUCUUGCCCCCGAGAACCAGGCGAUUGUUGAGAGCACGGCGGAGGUAGCGGAUCUUUGCGCUACACUGAAGCCCCGCUAUCAUUUCUCCCCCUCUCCCGCCGAGUUCUUCUACGAACGCGAGCCUUUCUUUCAUCCCACCGAGGAAGGCAGCGACGAUUUUCCCAUCACCCGCUUCAUCUCCAUGGCUCCUUACGGCAAUUCAGCGAAGGCCAAGGCGCUUUACGCCUUCACAAUUCAGCUCAACGAGACUUCGGUAGAGCGCCCCGUUGGCGCGACUUUCACCCCGUUCAGCCCCAGGAAGCCCAAGAGACGCGCGCAAGAGGAAGGCUCUUACAGCCGCUUCGGCAACGGAGAUGACGGCGACCGCCGUCAUCGCCGCGGAAACAAGCGAGGUCGUCACCACUCCCCUCCCCCCGGCCCUGACCGUUGCUUUUUCUGCCUCUCAAACCCGAAUCUGGACACCCACAUGGUCGCCACUGUCGGUGAUGACAGCUAUCUUGCUACUGCCAAGGGCCCUCUCGCCACAUCGGAGACCUUCAAGAAACAGGGCUUGGGCUUCCCAGGCCACAUCAUCAUGACACCACAUGCACACACGCCAACCAUCUACCACUCUGGCGCGGAGAGCUACUCUGCCGAAGAUGCGGAGCGAACCCACAAGGAGAUGACUCGAUUCCGAGAGAGCCUCCAAGCCAUGGUUGCUGCCAAGUCGAAUCAUAAGCUCGGUGCCAUCACCUGGGAGAUCAGCCGCCAGCGCAACAUUCACGUCCACUGGCAAUUUCACCCCGUUCCUGCGGACAUGGUCUACAAGAACGUUGUCGAGGCGGGCUUCAAGGUGGAGGCAGAGAACCUCAAGUACCCCGAGUUCGAAAACACCGAGCUCUCGUACGAGGAGCAGGGCACCAUUGGCGACUACUUCCGCAUCUGGAUCUGGGCAGACAACGGCGACGACAGGAUUAAGGGUACCAGUCUCGUCAUGAAGCUCGAUCCCAACAUGCGUUUCGACUUGCAAUACCCCCGCAAGGUCGUUGCCAAGCUUCUCAAGCUGGAGCAGCGCUUCGUCUGGCGGGACUGCGUCCAGGGCCAGGAGGAAGAGGUCAAGGACGUCGAGGCGUUUCGUGACGCGUUCAAGGACUGGGACUUUACGGGAUAG